GGGUUGCAGGCUUAUAUUCCCUCUGCAUGCCUUGUCUUGCAUGAUAUUAUCGAGAUCAAUCUUGUCGACAAAUCUCUCUAGCCCGCCAUGAUCGUCCUUCCUAGACCUACUAUGACUCCGAAUCUAGGAGGCCCUAGUGCUCACAACACAGCUUUUGAAUCUUCUACCUCACGAUUCAUCCACCACUAUCAUCAUCCUUACAUCAACCAUCAACACCAACAUCAACCUCUACAUCAACAUCAGCCCCUGCAGCAACCUCACAGCCCCCAUCACCACAGUCCAUCGCCUGAGAUGAACCAUCAACCUCUGCACAGUUACCCGCCUCAAAGGCAAACCCAACCGCUCCAGCAGCAGCAACAACUCCAGUUCCAGCACCAGCACCAACAGUAUCAUUCCCCGCAACUUCAUCCAUCCUCUCACCAUCGGCAACAUUCACGAACCAUGCCGUCCCUCAUCGAACGUUUACCGCAAGAGCUUCAGAGACUUGUCUUUUCUCACCUGGACUACCAAACCCUCAUCUACCUGUCCACCAUGAACCGAUACUUUCAUCAAACCAUAAACCCCCAGAGGAUGGCUGAUCCAGCAGACAAGGCACAGUUCGUCAUGAGAGCAGCGAAAGACUUUGCACAGCACCGUCCUAGCGAAAAGGGGCAUGACUACAAGCCUGGCAACUUCGAGUGUUACAUCUGCUUUCGUGUGCGGUCGCCGGAGCACUUUGACAUGCUGCAGCCCCAGUCCAUCUACGUCGAUGCCCAUGGACACGCAAUCCGUGAUCGAGAGCCAGACUCGCGGUCGGAUAGACUCGUCAUGCUUCGACGGUUCUGCAUCUCCUGCGGUGUGGAGACCGGGAUACACGCUCCUUUUGACUGUCUUACUACAAGGACGGGACGGGACCUCUGGGUCUGCAGGUGCAGGAAAGUCUGGUCCAAGCCUGGCUGCCUGCGUUGUCCCGACUGUCAGGGAGACUGCCCUCUUCGACCGAGGAGGAAGCUGGGCGUGGACCGUGUGUGAUUUUGCAUUUAUCGGUCGCGGCUCGAGUGGUACUCGAUCAGGUUAUCGAAGUCAUUCAUUGGUGUUGGAGUCAGGUACAUCAACAGCCCUCGGCGUUUGGGCAUAAUAACAAAGAGCGUGGAUGGGAUCUUGGACAAGACAUAAUUACGGCCUAGCGGACUGGGACCCGGAAGGGUAGCAUCGUCACACAAGACGGGAAUGGGCACAAGGAGAAACCAUGCAUUGCUGGCGUCAACGGAGGGGGUAAAGGGUUAUUGGG